GACCUGGGAUUUGUGUUGAUAGAGACACGGGAACAAAACAAGUCCCUGCAGUUUGAUGUAGAGGACCUAAGACAGAAGCUACAUGAUGCUCAGGGAGACAUCAAGUUGUUGCGAGAACAGAUCGCUCGUCAGCGUGUGGGGACGACAGAUGAGGGGAUGAAUACUCGUCAUUUCCCAGCCCAUGAAAGGGAGAACUUGGUCCAGCAGCUGGAGGCAUCAAGGGAUGAGUUUAUCCAGCUGGAGCGUGAUCUUCAACAGGUCAUAGAUGAGAAGGAAGAGUUGGUGAACGAACGAGAUGUCUAUAAAAACAAAUAUGAACGCCUCAACACAGAACUCAACUACAUCCUGAAGGGCGAUGAGAAACGUGUCGUAGACUUAGAUGCUCUCAUCAUGGAAAACAG